UUUCAGUUGACUAUCAUAACCCCGGAUUCCAUUUCCCCCUGCUUUUUAUUUCCCAACCAAUUUAAAAACAUUUUCCCCAUAAAAUACUACAACUCCCAUGAUCCUUUCUUGAUAUCCCCACAUGCAUUUGGUUUCUAGGACAAAAGUCAGUUCUUGCCUGCUCACGCUUCGUGCUGUUGCUGCGUUCAGCUCUGGUUCAGUUCAGGGACACAAGGGCGGGAAAAAAACGCUGGUUUCGCAGUGGAGCAGAAAAGCGCCGCCAGCAGCGAGCAGCCUUCUGGACCGGACCUUUAAUAGUAAAACUGCGAUGAGCUAUGUUACUUUUCCUGACUGCUGAAUUGUUUUGAUUUUAUGAGCAGAAGAAGAAGCGACCAACAACCUAAAAGACUCUCAUCAUGUUCACAGAGGUCCUACUUGCUCUGGUGAUUGGUGGACUGAUCUACUUCCUGGUUCAGAGGAGUAAGAAUCAGGUCCUAACAACAGAGGAUGGCUGGUGGGGUUCUGGAGCACCCCGUGAUGCUGGGGAGGACGACACUAUCCGCUCCUUCAGGGUAACCACCAGCGAUCAAGAGCUGGAGGACCUCUACAGGAGGAUUGAUCUGACUCGUCCUUUUCCCUCACUGGAGGACAGCCAGUUUAAUUAUGGCUUCAACUCGCAGUACCUGCAGAAGGUGGUGUCUUACUGGAGAAAUGAGUUUGACUGGAGGAAGCAGGUCGACAAGCUCAACCAGUACCCUCACUUCAAAACCAAGAUUGAGGGCAUUGAUAUCCAUUAUCUGCAUGUGAAACCCAAAAAGGUGCUAGAAGGGACGAGUGCUGUUCCACUGAUUAUGGUCCAUGGCUGGCCUGGCUCCUUCUAUGAGUUCUAUGGAUUGAUCCCUCUGCUCACAGACCUGUCAAACCCACACAACCUCGUGUUUGAGGUGGUGUGUCCCUCCAUUCCAGGGUAUGGCUUCUCUGAAGCACCACAUAAGAAAGGUUUUGAUUCGGUCUGCGCGGCUCGUAUCUUCCACAAACUGAUGAAGCGUCUGGGUUUCCAGCAGUACUACGCUCACGGUGGAGACUGGGGCUGGUUGGUCACCACCAACAUGGCUCAGCUGGAACCCAAAACUGUCAAAGGCUUGCAUUUGAACUUUGCCCCGCCCUCCAAGCCAGGGCUGUCCAUGGCUUUGUCCAUGAUGCUUGGCCGGCACUUCCCUACGCUGUUUGGCUUCACUGACUUUGAUAUUCAGCGAUUAUUUCCCUGCAUGGAGAAACUGGUGGUAGAAUCCAUCAAAGAGACUGGCUACAUGCAUAUCCAGGCCACCAAGCCUGACACUGUGGGUCGAGGGCUGAAUGACUCUCCAGUGGGUCUAGCUGCCUACAUCCUGGAGAAGUUCUCCACAUGGACGAGCCAUGACUUCAGGAACCUGGAUGACGGAGGACUCACACGGAAGUUCUCUCUAGAUGACCUGCUGACAAACGUCAUGAUCUAUUGGACCUCUGGCUGCAUUAUCCCCUCCAUGAGGUUCUACAAGGAAAACUUUGGCCAAGGUCUUGAUGCUCCACAUGCAAAGAUACCAGUCUAUGUCCCCACGGGUUUCGCCUGCUUCCCCAACGAGUUGAUGCACACGCCCAGGCUGUGGGUCAAACAGAAGUACCGUAAACUUGUGACCUUUACUCCCAUGGACCGCGGUGGUCAUUUUGCUGCUAUGGAAGAGCCCCAGCUGAUGGCAGAGGACAUCCAGAAGUUCACAAAGAUUGUGGAAGGGAAGGUGAAAGAGUAGAGGGUGGACUGACAACGGUAUGAAUAGACAUCAGCUGGGACAAAGUUCUGAGCAGUAAGUGGACAUACUUCAUCUAGAAUCAGAGUCUAAGCUUUGUAUUUCUUAUCUGAAGUGGAUUCUGUAAGAUAGGAUAGCUCUCUAAGUGACACUAUGAUAAAGUCAUAUGCAGUGUUAAUGGUGAAAUAAUGAGUGGUGGCUGAAAUUGAAAAUUUGUUGAGAGGUUGGGUUACUAUGAAAAUCACAGCUUGUUUUCAAUCUACUGUUUAGAAUUUAAGGCUACACCUUUCAUUCUUAAACUUGCAGUUUAUGUUUAUGAAAUUUAUGGAAAAGUUGGACGUAGUCUCUGGUGAAAACUAGAGCUUAAACCUGCAUUCUUGCUAAAGGCCAGCAGGGGGUGGCAAAUCUGAUUAAAGAAAUGAUCCUGGUUGUAUAGAAGUCUAUGGAAAAACCGCACAGCUUGUCACUUGAUACAUGCACUCAGUAAAAACUUUACUGAUAGGCUUUUGGUGUCAACUGAAGGUUUCAUGUCUUGUUAAAUAUAAAAUGAUACCAUCUUUGCAUUCUCUUUGAUCUACUUGGAGUAAAGUAGGAAACAAAACAAGGUAAAAUCGCACAGCUGCAAUAAUGAUUGUGCAGAGUCUCUCAGUUUCUCAGUCAGAUUUACCCUGCCCCAUGAUGUCUGGUUUAAAAACAUCAAGAUGGCAAUAGUUGCGAGGUUGAAGUCAAGUUUUAAAAUAGCUACAAAGUAGUGGGUGAUGUGACAGUGGUUGGAUCCAUCUUUUAUGUCUGUGAUGUCUCAGUCGUCCAGGUCAUCGUUGUCUAAGGAGCUUGGAAAGAAAAGCGUCUUUCUGCAACUUCCCACUCCAUGAAUCCAGGGGUCGGUUCACUAGUUUCUAACUUCCUUACAGCAUUUCUCAGCCUCGUAGUUGUUAGAACAGUUUCUAAGCAGCUGCAGAUGGGAGGUUAGGGGGCACAUGAUGGGAUAGUGUUGACAGCAUAAACAAGGUGCCAGGCAUUCCUCUGACUGAUAGCACGAAACCUCUGCACUUAAGCCACAACAAUAAUAACACUUGAUUGCCUUAAAGCUUCAGGUUACGUUUUAAUUUAUUUUUUUUUCAGAGUCAUUUAAAACUAACUUGGAAAUUGAAAACCUUUGAAGUCAGACGUCUGUUGAGACAUUCCACAACUUCUUACGCAGAUGAUCCUUUACUGCCUUGGAGUUACUUGCCAGGGUCUGUAACGUGCAUCAGAUUUACAUCUUGUGUCAGUUAGCUUUUGAUUGGCGGCAGUUUACCCCACCUUGAUGUUGGUGCAAGUUAAUUUAAAAUAUAUAUUUUACUAUCAUGACUAGAAAUUCCUCAUUUGAGGCCUAACAAUAUAGUGACAGUGCUGCAAAACGAGUUAAAUCACAAUCAGAGCUCCUGAUGUCUCUUUAAGAGUUUCCUUGUAUGUCUGCUGUUGCCUUUAAAAGUCAAUAAAGAUGUCAAAUUCAGAACAGUAAGUUGCAAUUUUGUGUAUGUUGCCUUUCCAAAAUCACCAGACUGACCUCUGGCUGCAUUUUAAACCCAAUAAAACUGACGCUGCUUUAAA